AUGGGAAGGUCAUCAUGCUGCGACAAGGCGGGUUUAAAGAAAGGGCCAUGGACAGCAGAGGAAGACCAGAAGCUCUUGGCUUACAUUGAACAACAAGGCCAUGGAAAGUGGCGUGCCUUGCCGGCAAAAGCUGGGCUCCAGAGAUGUGGGAAGAGCUGCAGACUGAGAUGGAUAAACCACUUGAGGCCAGACAUUAAGAGAGGACAGUUCAGUUUACAGGAAGAACAGACCAUCAUUCAACUGCAUGCCCUUCUUGGAAACAGAUGGUCAACCAUAGCAGCUCAAUUGGAUAGGAGAACUGAUAAUGAGAUCAAGAACCACUGGAACACACACCUCAAAAAGAGACUAACUAAGAUGGGCAUCGAUCCGGUGACUCACAAACCGAGAACCAGCGCCCUCAGCUCCGGCCCGUCGAAGGACGCUGCCAACCUCAGCCACCUGGCCCAGUGGGAGAGUGCUCGUCUUGAAGCCGAAGCAAGACAUGGCCGAGACUCCAAACUGGUCUACAAUUCUUAUAACCUCCAUCUCCGCCUCUACGCUUCCGCUCAACUCCUUAACAAGGCCUUGGUUCCACCACCACCAACAUGGCAAGAGGGGUGGUUAAAUUCAAAACCAACAGAAGAUAUUGCCAUUCGAGGUGGCUUUUUAACUCCUGCCGGCAGUCUUCUGUCUCCGAUAUCAACGUUGAAUUUCGCAGAGAAUACGUCCAUGAUCCCUAGUAAUAAAUUCAUUGUCAAUUCAACGACAGCAAUAAACAACUUCGUCGAGAACCUGGGCUCGAUCAAAGGUGGUGGAAUGAUAAAAGGUGAUUUCCAAUGCCCCGGACAGUCGAACAACUUUCAAGAACUUCAUGAAAGGAUGGACAAUUCUUCAGUGAAUUUUGCAGACUCUUUGGGGUUUCAAAGUGUCAGGGAAGGCCUCACCUACAUGCUGGUGGUCGAUAAUGGUGAUGGCCAUAACUCAUCAAACACUGAUAUUGUGAUCGGAAACUGCGGUGAUGAUUUUGAAGAGGACGAGAAUUAUUGGAAUAGUAUAUUGAAUUUACUCAACUCGCCACCGGCAGGUUCGCCGGUGUUCCGAUAA